AUGAGCAGCCCUCCAACUCUUCGAGAAGUCCCUGAAGGAUGGACCACCGACCCUGGCUUCACGUCAUAUCUAGUCAAAGGAGAAUGGGCCAAGGUUACAAAGCGUUGUGGCCUUGAAAAUGCAGUACCCAUCAUGUGCACCACCCCAGAUUCAGGGGAGCACUACGGUUUGAUAUCGGCCGGGGGGCGGUACUACUUCACGAACAAUCUGUCCUGGACUAUUCUCGAGAUCCUAGAGCCGACGACUCUGGAUGGGAUUUUGAGGAAGAUAUUUGACGAGAAUGAAAAAUCAAUCAAGAUGAAGGCUCUGGAGGAAGUGGAGACGGAGGAGGAUCUGGAGGAGGAGGAGGAGAAAGUGAGGGCAGAAAUUGCGUUGAUGGAGGAGAUGAAGGCAGCACCGGGAUAUUUGGAGUGGGAGGAGAUGGAUUCGGACUAG